GUCUGUUCGCUCGCUUCAGCUUGGUGUACCGUACCCGCUUAGCUUACGAAACAACAUGUCAGCGCCCAUGAAUUCAUAUCUCGACGACCCUCGACAGGAUCGAAUGCAUGACUGAGUGUUACUGACGUUAUUUGCUGCUGUUUCUAUGGUUUAGUUCUGUUAACCUGUAGUGAAUUAGUCAAAAUGUAUUCUCUUCAUCAAGGAAUAUCCAGGAGUUCAUUGAGAAAAACGAUUUCGGGAAUGAAUUACAUUUAUCGGAGGACGAACCGCUCAUCGGCAUUAGCGACUAGGCCAACGCAAAGGCAAAGCGACUCUACCCCGGCCACGACGGACUCGGCGGAAUGUGAUGCUAAAUUCUGGCAACGACCUCGCCUGCUGCAAAGUUUACUUGAUCAUGCGACGCCAACCAUGCCAACAUUUUCACAGACACAAGUCUCCCAUUCAUGUUCUCAGAAUGCUUGCUCAGUGAAGAAAUACCAUAACCUUUUGAAGGAAAUCUGUGCUUUUGACUGUGUUUUGAAGAGGUCUGGAUAUAAUGACAGGAAAUCAUUAUCUAGUCUACUUGUAUCCAUGGAUAACAUGAGGAGUUUUAGCACAACAAGUGCAAUGCAACAACAGAGAGAGAAUCAUGACCAGAAGGAUGAUGAUGAUCCAAGUAGGAAGGCUGGUGAUGGUGAGAAUAUCCGUAUGUUGAUUGUUUUGAUGCUGAUCUUAACUCUUCUAAAUCUUCUUUCAAGAGGUGAUGAGGCUCAGAAUAUCUCAUGGCAAACAUUUGUUAAUGAGAUGCUUGCUAAAGGAGAGGUAAAGAGUCUGUCAGUAACAUAUUAUGAUUCUGAUGGGAGUGGAGAGAGUAAGAAUCCUGAAUCUGAUGUGGUCCAUGUUUUCCUUCAUGACGGUGCUAUUGUCUUUGGUAGAGAGGUCGGAAGAGGUCAGCCCAAUCAUUUUAGGAUGCGUGUAGGCAACAUUCAGAAAUUUGAGCAAAAACUGAGAGAGGUGGAAGAACAGCUUGGGAUUACACACAAUGAUAGAAUUCAGAUCCGCUACCAGCAUUCUAGCUCCGAUGGAAUGAUGAGUAUCCUUGGGACUGUUCUUGUUCUAGGUUUUCUUCUUUAUGUUAUCCGCUCAGCGAUGAGAGGAGGGGGAAUGAAUGCUUUUACUCAGAUGACCAAGGCUCGAUUCACAGUUGUAGAGGAAGGUGCUUCUAAAGGAGUCUCCUUCAAGGAUGUAGCUGGCCUCAGGGAAGCCAAACAAGAAGUCAUGGAGUUUGUUGACUAUCUGAAAAGACCAGAAAAGUUCCAAGAACUUGGUGCAAAGGUACCCAAGGGUGCCCUUCUCUUGGGGCCUCCUGGUUGUGGGAAGACUCUCCUUGCCAAGGCAGUAGCUACUGAAGCCAAUGUACCCUUCCUAGCCAUGGCUGGAUCAGAGUUUGUAGAGAUGAUUGGAGGCUUAGGGGCUGCUAGGGUUAGGAGCCUCUUCAAGGAGGCACGUAAUAGAGCCCCUUGCAUCGUCUACAUUGAUGAGUUAGAUGCUAUCGGCAGGAAACGAUCAGAAUCAGCUAAUAUCAAUUCAUCUGGUGAGGAGGAACAGACGUUGAAUCAGCUUUUAGUUGAAAUGGAUGGAAUGGGAACUCAGAAAGAUGUUAUUAUGCUUGCUUCUACUAACCGGGCUGAUAUAUUAGAUAAGGCACUACUGCGUCCUGGUCGGUUUGAUCGUCAUAUCUUGAUUGACACACCCACCAUGCUAGAGAGAAAAGAGAUCUUUGAAGUUCAUCUUAAGAAAUUAGUCCUAGAGAAGAAACCACAACAAUAUUCUAUUAGGUUAGCUCAGCUUACUCCAGGAAUGAGCGGAGCUGACAUAGCCAACAUCUGCAAUGAAGCUGCCCUUCAUGCUGCCAGGGAGAACUACAAGGCUGUUCACACUGAUAACUUUGAAUACGCUGUUGAACGUAUUGUAGCAGGUGCAGCAAAGUCUGAAAAUGUCAUGUCAAAGGAAGAACGUAAAGUAGUGGCUUUUCAUGAGUCUGGACACGCCCUCGUAGGAUGGUUGUUGGAACAUACCGAUGCAUUGAUGAAGGUGUCCAUUGUACCAAGGGCAAGUGCUGCCUUGGGGUUUGCUCAGUAUCUCCCCUCAGAUCAGAAACUCUACUCAAAAGAACAGUUGUUUGACAGGAUGUGUAUGGCUUUGGGAGGUCGAGUAGCGGAGGCUAUUAUCUUCAACAAAGUUACUACAGGAGCUCAGGAUGACCUGAACAGAGUCACCAAGAUGGCCUAUUCUCAGAUCAGAUCUCUUGGAAUGAAUGAUGAAGUUGGUCACCUAUCCUUUCCUGAGGGGAGUUCCAGUGAGCUGGGCAAGAGACCUUACAGUCAUCAGCUACAGAAUAUUAUAGACGAGGAAGCAAGGAAGUUGGUUGCUACAGCAUACAGAGCUACAGAAACUCUACUUAACCAGCAUGUAGAUACACUGAAAUUGUUGGCCAGUAAUCUCUUUGAAAAAGAAGUUUUGAACUACAAGGAUGUGGAAGCUCUAAUUGGACCGCCACCAUUUGGACAAAAGAAGCAGCUUUCUAUCGAUGACUUUGACAUUAUGAACUAUGGAGAUGAUGAAAUGGAUGCAGAAAACUUAGAGAGAAAGAAACAACAAGAAAGGAGACUUAAUGAUCAACAAGAGGAGGAAAGGUGAUUGAUGUGACUAAAGGAACUGAUAUAGGUUCAAGAUGCUCAGAGGACAUUAUGUUGCUCUGUCAUUUACCAAGAUAUGAAGAAUUGUUUUAUACUGUGAAACCUGUUUAAUUUGUCAUUGUUCAAUAAAAACUGCAAGUGUGGAUUACCCUGCUUGAGCAAGGCUUAUAGUAUGCUGAAAAUAUUUGCUACAUACAGUAAGUAUGCAGUACAGCACUAUAUGUGUUCAAAACAGUAUUAUGGUUAUGUCCUAGCUUUUCCAAGAUGCUAUGAGAUUUCAGGGAUUCAAAUCUCAUCUUGUACCCAUUCCUUACACCUGGGUAGAGAGCAAUAAAUGUUGAUCAAUCCCUUACAAAAGAACAUGAGUGUCACAAAAGAAUCAGGACUACCGUCAAUCAGACCAUGGCCAGAGACACACAAGAUCAAUGUUGCAAUUACGUGGAACUGUAUGUUUAUGGUAAACCACUCUAAAAAGGUAAUGAUUGAUUUUGAAUAUCAAUUGUAUUUCUUUUUUGUAACCUGACCCAUUAUAAAUGCUAUUACAUCUCGCCCAUUAAACCUCUUUAGAGUUCUGAAGUGAAUGGGGGGGGGGGUGAAGGGGCAGCAGAGGACCAUUUCAUGAAAGUUGUCAGAACUAGCUAGUUGUCAUCUGACAAUUAAUCAAAGUAAUAGUCAGGCAUCCAUGCUUCUCAGAAGGCUUGGAUGCCUGACUAUUACCUUUGAUUAAUUGUCAGAUGACAACUAGCUAGUUAUGACAACUGGACCUUUCAUGAAAUGGUCCAGUUAGAUGCUUUCCCCUUUCCCUUCCCCAUGUCACCUUUUUUUUUUCUUUACAUUCAUGUAGUUAGACCUUUAAAACUUUGAUUACAAGCAAAAAAGUGUUACUGUUAUCUUAAUUUCUUUCAAAUCUGUAACGUUAGAAAACCGGAUGAAUGAGUGAAGUAAUUUAUCACUUUACCUGGGUCUAAAGAGAAAACAGGGUCUUUUUGAAAUGGUCAGGAAGAGUCAGAGAGAUUGACUUGCCUUUAAUAAUUUGUCAGUGAUUUCUUAUCAAAUUCAAUACAUAUAGGUUUUGGAUGAAAACAUUCUUUUAUGUGUUGGCUUAUUGCAUUUACAUGGUUACACCAGAUUACUUAAAUUAAACAUGGGAAGAUUUGAAGAAUCUGUGGAUCAAACUAUUUCUUCAUUUUUUUAUGGUUAGAGAAAUCAGCACAUGCAUGUGAAUUAAGAUGGAGGCAUGCAAGACAUGUUUGAACUAUUCAAUAUUGGAAAAUAAUGUUGCCAUUGUGAUAGCAUACAUUAUUGCAAUGAAUUACAGAGAAAUUUUGCACUGAACAUGCACCACUUCCUGGAGUUUUAAGCAAUUCUCAUACAGUACAGCAUGCACAAUAUAUAGUCUUUGGAGGAUAAAGGGAAUCUUUGAAAUUGCUUCACUCUAGUACCAACUUACCACUGCAAUAAAUAUAGCAAUAAAUUAUUGCAGGCUAAGCCUUACUUUCAUUUCUGUGAGCAAUGCUCAUGAAAUAUGGUACAUGGAUGCGGAGUAUCAUUCUUUAUCAGUGACAUUCUGUAUUUGAUAGUAUGAGAAACUUAAUAAAUUUAUUGAUAAUGGUGAUUUGUUGAGAUCAUAAUGGAAUAGUCAUGGAAUUUGUGGCAGCUAAUGGGAAGAUCAGGGAGAGAGGGAAAGGGGGAAGGGGUAAGAGGAAUAAAGGAAAAAUUAAAUACAGAAAGAUAAAAUAUGAAAUAAGGGGAGAAAUAAACGAAAAUUAACAGAGACAGUAAAAGGAGAAAAGAAAUGUAAGUGUCAGAAAAAAAGGAAUAUGUCAGCAAGAGAGAUAAAAAUGUGAUAAAUUCUCAAAAGAUGCAUGCUUAAUCACAAUUUGUAGGUAAUUCCCCAGAACAUAGAAUAUGUGAAAAGUUAGAUCAUAUGAACUUUCCUAUUUGAGUAUUACCUUUGCUGUUCAUUUGAAUUCCUUUAACUUAUGUUUACAAUUUGCAAUAUAUGUGUCUGUAUAUAAAUAUAUUAAAUAUGAAUGUAUAUUAUA